AUGAUUAAUACGGGGAAACUCGCGGGUCGCACACUCUUCAUUACGGGAGCUUCCAGAGGAAUCGGUAAGGCGAUCGCACUGAAAGCAGCGCAAGAUGGUGCAAAUAUCGUAGUUGCGGCCAAAACCGCUGAUCCGCACCCGAAGUUACCCGGAACCAUCUAUACCGCAGCAAAAGAGAUCGAAGCAGUUGGUGGCAAGGCUCUGCCAUGCGUGGUGGAUGUCCGUGAUGAAGCAGCUGUCCGAACUGCCGUACAAAAUGCGGUUGCAAAGUUUGGUGGAAUCGAUAUAGUUGUCAAUAAUGCCAGUGCAAUCUCACUAACGCCCACGGAACAAACCGACAUGAAGCGGUAUGAUCUGAUGCACCAAAUCAACUCCCGUGGAACGUUCCUAGUAUCCAAAGAAUGCAUUCCUUACCUCCGAAAGAGUAGCCAUGCGCAUAUUUUGAACAUUUCCCCACCGUUAAAUAUGGCACCGCACUGGUUCAGCAAUCACGUGGCUUAUACGAUGGCGAAGUACGGCAUGUCGAUGUGUGUGCUCGGUAUGGCCAAGGAGCUGGAAGGUGCCAACAUUGCGGUUAACGCGUUAUGGCCACGUACGGCCAUUUACACCGCUGCCAUGGAGAUGCUCACCGGCAAAGAAAGCAAUCUGUUUUCGCGCAAACCGGAAAUCAUGGCCGACGCCGCGUACGCCGUUCUAUCGAAGGAUCCACGAUCGCUUAGCGGAAAGUUCCUCAUUGAUGAUGAGGUGCUGAACGCGGAAGGCAUUACAGAUGUGAAGCAGUACGCUUGCGUGCCCGAAAACGCCGAUAAACUGAUGCCCGACUUUUUCCUCGAUGUUGAGCCUGAAAAGUUGGUUGAGUUUGCUGCCGAAGGGAGCCAUGCAGCUGCGUUGAAGAAGCCGGCCGCAGAAGCGGCUGGUGGCAAGAUUGAUGGGCUUUUCCUCAAGAUCGAAAGCCUGCUCAGCGAAGAGAUUGUCCGCAAGACGGGCGCUGUGUACGAGUUCAAGGUAAAGGGCGAGGAGGCCGGCACAUGGUUCGCAGAUCUGAAGACUGGCACCGGAAAGGUAGGCAAGGGCAACCCUCCAGCCACAGCUGAUGCGAUUUUGACCAUGGACUCGAAGCACUUCUUCGACAUGUUCACGGGCAAGCUGAAGCCGGCAAACGCUUUUAUGACGGGCAAGCUGAAGAUCUCCGGUGACCUGCAAAAGGCGAUGAAGCUUGAAAAGCUCAUGGGAGGGCUGAAGUCUAAGCUCUAAAAAAGAAACAAAAACAAAAAAGUGUAUAUCAGGGUGGUUAAAAUAACGUUAUUCGUUCAUUGUUUUGAAGUAUAAGGGAACAGUUUAAUAAAUGCAUUUUAUUUGCCGACAUCACAACAUCUUAUACCAUUGAAUAAAUGAU